GCAAAAACCUCACCAAAAACAUCCUCUCUACACAAACACUUCAAAAUUCUUUCAAUUUCUUCUCCCAUUCAUUCCUCUAAUUCUUUCCCUCCUCUCUUCCCAAUUUCCUUCUAAACCUUCACCAUCACCCCUACUUUUUUCCUCUCUAAUUUUCAGUUUACUUUCACAAAUAAUCUUGCCAAAUUAAAAGUUUUUUUUAAAAAAAAAAAAAAAAAAAAAUGGGAAGUGGAGAGAGAAGUCAAGGGAAUUUCAAGGAUGUCCCAAAGGGUUGUUUGGCUAUCAAAGUUGGCCAUGAAAGUGAAGAAAAGCAAAGAUUUAUAGUGCCUGUCAUGUAUCUCAAUCAUCCUUUGUUCAUUCAGCUGCUCAAGGAAGCUGAGGAAGAAUAUGGAUUUGAUCAAAAGGGAACCAUCACUAUUCCUUGUCAUGUGGAGCAAUUUAGGUAUGUUCAAGCCUUGAUUGAUCAAGAAACCUCCUUUCAUCACCACCACUAUCAUCACCUCUAUGUUCCUUGUUUUAGGGUUUGAUUUUUCGUUCAAAAACAAAAAAAAUUAUUCAAUAUGACCGUCACAUUUUGACUCUCUAACUCUCCUUCUAGAGAUGUCAGAGGGUUAAUUUCUACUUUAAUUUUUUUUACUUUCUUAAAUGUUGUCGGUCAAGUUGUUUUCAUUAGUCUCCUCGAAUAAAUUCUCGAGUUGUUCGCAUUUUCUCCCAUUUUAGGGUUUUUCUUUUUUUUUUUUUUUUGUGUAAAUUUGAGUAAAUGUGUGG